AUGAACAACCUGAAAUUGUUUUUCGCACCUGGGACUGGUUUGGCGAGAAGUUUUCUUGGAAUUGCCUGUUUUAGAUCUCUCCGUGAUUUCCCUGAAUAAAUGCCAGUUCGUUAAACUCCUACAUCCUAGAACUGGUACGAUUAGUUUAAAUUUUUUAUUUUUUUAGGGAAAAAGACAAUCUUUGUCUGGUCAACGUUGGACGAAAGGCUUUUCAGUCUGCAAAGAGUCGAUUUCGCCAAGCGGUCUCUGUUCGUGGAUAAAUAUAUAGUGAAGUGUUGUAUUCUUGUCGUCAUUCAUAUUUGCUGCAGCUGGUCAUGCUUACGUUUGCUCCGAAAUAGACCUUACAUUCCUCUUCCUUCCCGCGUUAAUUGAGACGGUAUGGUCUGCUCUCUUUUAUUUGCUUGAUACUCCAGGAGAAAUUCACCACAACCGAUGGUUUAUUGAGGCUGCAAAUUGCGCCUGGUCUUCCUCACUUGUUUACUGAAUCUUCUCUUUCCCGCCUCCAGCGAGUAUGUGAUAAAAAGUGUAAGUUUGUUUGCUAAAUAAUUACUUCUGAAGUUUGUUCGUACUACUUGUUAGCAUACUUGAAGGCUUAUAUUUUCUCCUUUCCGUCACCUGUCUGAGUUUCUGAACUGGGCAACCGUUUUCUACAUUGUCGUCCUCUCACCAUUGCGUUCGGCCGCCGUACGCGCGCGAAAAACAAAAGCACUGGCUUCUGGUAUAUUUAAGUUAAAUUCCGAGUGUACCACAGCCCCUUAAAACAAGCCGUAGCGUCUAAGCAAUGAAUGUACUCGUGGCGCCGCAAUCUUCAGGAAACUUAAGGCACCGGGGUGAAGAGUUUUUGUAUACAGAACCCGGGGUUGUUGUUACAGGCAAAAGUAGCCACUGGCGAAGCUUUAGCCUGUGUCAUGCCCGACAUAGUGAGACAUGUAGUGGCAGCUGCUUUCCCAAAUUUCUUGAUGUUUACGUUCCGACUAAGGACAUCUCUGAAAAUUUGAAGACUCGGAUUUCUGGGUGCAUAACACUUGAGUCAUAUUUUGGCUCGGCGAAACUCAUUCCGUGAUCGGCAGUAUCUGUCUCUAUGAUGACCAAUAUCAUUUUCACUCCACUGAAGCCCCCCGAACUUACUUUGCCACGAUCCCUUUUGAUCCUAGACCAUAUACCAGACUGUAAGUCAUGGAGUUGAGUCUCACAGGGUAUUAAAUUUCGACCAUAACUCUCUGAAUUUGCGGACUUCUUUGUCAACUUCCUGGAUUCUCUUUUGGGGUGGGCUUUGGGAGUGCCAAGCAUAUCCACAGCUUUGAAAUAUCUUCAAUGGAAGCUAUCUACACCCGCGCAGUACUUUGGUCGGAGCAGAACAGGGUUGCCUUCACGGUGAAUUUGGCUGACAGACUACUUGAAGUUUUUAACUGACAUCGACGAAAAAGGGAUAAGACGAUGUAUUAGCAGAAAUAGUUGAAAGCACACCUUUUUACAGUAAGCUGAAAAUAGUAUUGAGCAAUUAACGGGGGACAUGAAGUUAAUACAAGUGCUAGUCUCGCCCUGGAUGAAAAAUUCGGAGGUAAGUGGCGACUUUUCCUGCCGGAUAGUCAGGGUCUGCGUUUAUUCAUCACAUUACGAUUGUAAAUCGUGUUGGUUUUCGUUCGACAUUAAGUCGUUCUCCUAUUCAGCACUCAAAGUGUCUCAAAAGUGGUCUCCAUUACGACAAGCGAGUGUCUCAUAUAUAUCCUGGUCAUAAUUUUAUGAUAACCCCGCAUAAUUAUUCACCGCCGAACAACACGCUUUCAGCCGUAAGGGAUGUCUGCUGAUGUCAAAUUGAUUAGACUAUAGAGUGACUUUGCUGUUUUUUGCAUACCUACUCUCGUCUUUCGCCUACAGCUAUCGGUUCCCAUAACGUAAUCCGAUUGAACAAAGAUAAACUGAAGGUCUGGCUGAAGCAACGCGUGGACAACAUUUGUAGAUUUACCGACGAACUCUCCACAUCCGGUGAACGUAGACUCCUCCAUUCCCUACUCUCCGUCCAUAGUCAGUCCUCAGCCUCUGCGCCCCUUUUUGCAUCUGGUACGUCUGCAUCUUUCUAUUUCAAAGCUGACACUUGUCUUCCUUUGUAAACCUUCAUUAUUAGGCCACAUGUGCAUGUAUGCGUCACAAAUAAGUGGAGUUUGGGGUUUCUAAGGCAUGUUGGGCACAAGAAGUGUCUAUCAUGGCGAUGACCCUUCUCUCCUAUGAAUCUCAUGCUUUUUUGAUGUUUCCUGCCGCUCUGUUACCGAAAAUCUUCGUCCGUCCGAUAGUCCUUUUUCAGGCUUACGCAGGUGCUCGAGGCACACGUGUCACCAUUGUCAGUUCGGUCCCAGGUGUCGAGCGUGUCUCAUUAAUCCUCCCACUGCCCAUAAUCCACUGACAGUUUGGCACCUCGUGUCAGAGUAAUCCUGAUGACAGUAGGCUGUCGCGGAAGUCCAGAUAUGCAAUAACAGAGGAGACGUACUUUGGUUCACCCUUGAUCCACUCCCUUUUUUUGCAUUUUAAAAUCCUUGGUACUUUGGCACGGUGUGACUAGCUAUUGGGUGCCAAUCGGUCUUGCGCUUUUUCUCCCCUGUCUUGCUUAGCUAGUUGUUCUUAAGAUAAUGUAUUCUGCUCGUAUUUAGAUAGAAUGUGUUGCCCUCCUAGAGGGGUAGGUUUGGACAACUCGACAGUCAUGUUCGUUUAAUCACGACAUCGUUCCAUUUUCGUAGAAGUAGUGUCGAUUUGUCGCGUUACAACAGCGAUCGGGAAAAUGUCUAGUGGUGUGAUACAAGGGUGGAUGCUGGGGAGGGAUAUGACAGAUGUGAUGCAGUCAAAGAAGAUUUUGGAUCUAGGGAAGCAUGGUCGCUGAUUGUUCUUCUCGAUUGUGGCGUUUGAUCAGGUCCACGUCAAACGAACAGGUUUUCUAUGGGGCCGCAAUUUCUGUGGAUUGUGGCGGUGUCUACUGUAGUGUCAGCGUAAUGGUAUAUCUACAAAAACGCUCUGGACGAAGGUGCAAUAAUGCCCACUGGCUAGUCUGAAAUACAACAAAUAGUAGCGUGUGUCACAGGCCACUUGCUAGUUUAUCUACUUAUCUUCCACGUCAAAGACUAAAAGCUUCGUUUCUUACUCAGAAUAAUUUGUCCAAUCGCUUUUUUAGAUUCAAAGAGCGCCAAGGCCCUGGCGACUGCAGCUUUUGAUGGCGAUGCCUUGCGUUCAUUCGCCUUCCAAAUAAUUGCUGACAACCUUCCGGUGACUCUUAUCGAACAGCUUCACAGUGACCUCGGACUAGAGCUUUUGCCUUCCGCUGAUAAGGAAAAUAUGGCAACUUUGCAGGCAUCCGAGUUGAUUUCAAAGUCAGACUCAAAAAAUCCCAAGGUAGGGUUGCGCUAGGACGUAUUUGCAUAUUCCCUUUUUGUACUUUCUUCCCAAACUGUGAAAUGUUGAAUUUAUCAUGGUUCAAAUACUCCUGAAAGCCUAUAUUGUCAGCGAUUGCCUUGUGUGGUCUUUCAACUCAACCAUCCGGCAGCUGCACUUAAUGCAAACGGAUUUAUAAAAAUCCAACCUCUGCAAAUAAGGAGGCACUCCGUUUAAGUGGCUUACAAUAGGUUUGUCGUUUCAUUUUUUGCGAAGGAUAUUCACUAACCGCCUUGAGUACAAGUUUUUGGUAGAUUUAAAUAAUUUUGCAGUCUUCACCCUGCACAUGCCCACCGACAAUAUGGUAGCUUUGUUGCUUUGGGUCCGUUCGAAACUCCUGUCGGUAGAAACUGUGACGAGCCUUUAUUAUUUGAAAGAAACGGUUGAUUUUAUUUCAAUGUUCAAAGUAAUUGAAACGCUGGUCUUAAUGCCCAAGCACUGCGGGAUCCAGGUUCGGAUUCCAAGUCACACAAGUCUGGAAUUGAGUACGACUGACCGAAGCCUUCCUCGUCUUCGUCCGCACCUCUUCCUGUGCAGUUUCACCGACCCCAUUGGGGGGUGAGGAAGAACAUGCCUAUCCUGUUUUUUAUUGUGGUCCCAACCUGGAAGCUGUCACUGGACGACGAGCAAUCAGUAAUGCAGGGGAAAUGUUGUAAAGACGAGAGUGGCUGGGGUGGCUAUUUUUGGUCCAUUCGCCUACGCAAAGGUUUUUAUCGGCAAUUCUUAAGAUUCGCUGUACGCCUGCGCCGAGCGAGUGUGCGUAGGUGCUGCUGACGGCGUCUGUCUGGGUCUGAGCUUCCCUUCGGCGUUAUUGAUAACAUAUUAACAUUAACAACUUUCCUACUUAACACAAGUAAGUAGCAUUUUUAAUCACUAAAUAGUGGGCUGCUCCUGUUCCGUCCAAAAUACUGCGCAUCGCCUCCCCCCCCCCCUCCAGGACUUUCGUUUUAACUCGUAGACCCCUGCAUGUGGUUAUACGGUGCUCAUUCAUCUGAAAUCCCCAGCUUAUUCCGUGACAAUCUGAAAGACUAUAAACUUUGAGUUGGAGUCCUCUGUUUGUAUUAAAUCGACCCACAACACCCUAUCCAUCUUUCGCUUUAGGCCAAUGAGAGAAGAGGGCCCACGGAGGAUUACUCGGCAAGCUUUGAGGUCUCAAAGACAGAACCGGUAAGUCUUGCAGUCAACAUCCGUUCGUUCUAGUUUUGUGCUCAUUUUCGACCAACUUUAACAACGUUUCUCUCCCUUUUCGAGACUCCCACACCGUCCGCCACCAAGAAGGCGAAGUUUGCACGAGGAAGCCAGUCGAUCACAACUUUCUUCUCGAAGAAAUAA